AUGGUUUCUGUCGCAACGGUGUUCGAGACUCCUGCAAUCGUCGGCGAAUCCGUCGUCUGUUUGAUUACCGGUAGGGUCGGCCAGACCGUAAUUGCUGGCGUAGACUCGGACUGGGACCUGAACACGGUAUGGGCUACAUCCCUGGCCGUGCAACCACGGAUAAUCCCUGAUUCAUGUCGUGUACGUUUCAUGCGUGGAAGUUAG